AUGGACUUUUCACUCACCAUGAGCGCCGCGCCGCACCGGUUGUGGUACAUCGCCGGCGACAUGGUGAAGGUACGACUGAGCCUCACGUGCGUACCCGAGGUGGCGCCGGACACACAAACGAAAAUGGCACCGCUGAAAGGUGCGCCAAACAACAACCACUUCUCUGUGGACUCCUCCGCGGCGGAGUCACACGAGACAGAUGUGCGCGUGGGAUCACUCAGGGUGGAACUCGUAGGGCUUGUUGAGCUUGACACCAGUGUUAUGAAGCCUAUCAACUGGCCAGCCGCAGUUUCUGAGAAAGAGAGGCCAGGGAGCUCCCAUCUUGGCAGUAGUCGAUCCAAGAUGGUGUACACGCUCUACAGCACGGGGAAACAGAUGCUGCGGGAGGACAUGCAGUUGAAAAGGUACGAGUGCGCGGCUCUGGAGUUCGUUUUUCGCCUACCAGAGGGGUCUCCGCCAACAUUCAAGGGUCGCGGCGCUGACUACCGACAUGAUAUCACCAUAUUUGCCACCUGGUACACGGUGCGAUCGAGCUCCACUGCGAAGGCCACCUUACCACACCUCUGCAAGGCGAAGGUACCUCUGACAGUCUUUAACAGCAUCUCUACUGUUGCCCAGCUACCUCUCAUGUCGCUCUUCCCUCUCCCCCCUGACUCCGCGCUCGUGGCCGAGAACUUCCACUUCCAAGUUGCACCCCUUGACACCGUCCCCACGCCGUGGAGGGCAGCGCCGCUAGCGGACGUCAUGCUCCCGCAGGAAGCACAGCUUCGCACUUCUCUUACAGUACGUUAUAGUGCGAAGGCGAGAAUGCAGAGCAGCCUGGCCACCCAGAGGCAGCCUCUGUCGCUCAUGGUGCCAUGUUUGGGUGUCAACAUACUUCAAGUUGACCUGCACUCCUCUUGUGUUUCCCUCGGCGGCUACCUGCAGGGUUCCUUCACUGUGCUGGGGACGAGCCAAGGGCCAAGCAACACCACCGCCGGGCCCGGCACGCAUCGCCAGCAAGACGUAGAAACUCCGGUGCCAGUCUCUGUCAGCGCCUCGCUGGAGCUGCUCGAGUACGUCACGCCGGAGUCGGCUUUGGUGAUAGACAACACCAGCAUGACGGAUACCAGAGAAGGAGGUAUGGAGAACUUCGCCUGCACGUACAGACGUGUCAUCGAUCACGCUCAGUUCUGCGUUGUCGACACCCCAUAUGUGCCCUUUGAGUUUCCUCUUCCAGUGGGGCUGGUGCCCGCCUCUUCCAUCACGGACAUCACUAGCUUCCUGUGGCAGCUCCGUGUGGUGGUGAUGGUCGUGUCGCGCAAAACACUAGCUCAAACUGCUACCCCGGGCGUCAGUCAGCUUGGGCCGCUCCUAUCGCCUGUCGCUGGUAUUUUUCCUCUACUCGUGAUGCCGCCAUCAGUCCCGUCAAAGGUGCGACAGGGUGCGGCGUGGUAG